AUGAUAACGUAUGUUACUGCUCAACAAACUUGUCAGUUAACUGAUCCGGAUAUUCUUGGACCCUACUAUCAUCCUGGUGCACCUGCAUCUAAAGAGCAACUUUGCGCCAAUUUACCGGCACAUGAUCGAUUGAUUUUAACUGGACAAGUACUCGAUUACGAAUCGAAAUGUGCACGUGGUGUUCCCAAUGUGAAAUUGGAUUUAUGGCAGGCUAAUUACAAUGGUGUGUAUUCUGGUGGUCAGAAUGCUAGUGAUUGGUGGUGUCGAGGUAUCAUUAACACAGAUUCCAAUGGCAAAUUUCGUAUUAGUACUCUGUUCCCUGGUCGUUACGAUGACGGUGGUUACCGUCCGGCUCACAUUCAUUUCAAGGUUACUGCUGACGGUUAUCCAACAUUAGUAACCCAAUUGUAUUUCAAUCUUGAUUAUUAUCUCUCACCACGUGAUUCAUGCACACGCUGUCGUAGUGAUGCCAAAUCGUUGGUGGUAUCAGCCGUACAUCGUGAUGAUAUCAAAACGUUCGAAGUUACGCAUUUUCCACUCUUGAAUCAAACACAAUUGUUUACACCGACUGGUAUAAAUCAAUUUGAGAUGGCAAAAUGUAUAGUUAUUGUUCGUUUACUGAAUUUUAUUGAAGGACUUUAG